GCAGGUUACUGAAUUUGGCGGUCUGACGGCGGCUCCUAUAAUGGUUUAUCCGUUAACUUCGCCAUUGAAGACCUCAAUUGAUUCUCUCAACAAAUCUUCUUUCUUUUUUCACUAGUAAAAUCGUCUUUCCUCCCUUCACUGAUUCUGCUCAAAGAUUUCUUUUUUGUUACUUUGCUUAUCGCUUGUAAUCUCCCCAGGUUAGAUUACCUCGUCUUUGUAAGUUUCUUUGAUUGAAUUCAUGAGCAAUAGAUGAGCAUACACUUCUCAAAAGCGUGCUACGGGGUAGCAUAAGUUAAUUGUUUGUUGGAUUUCCUUAAAGGGUUUUCAUUUUUUUUGCUAAAUAGUGAAAAUUUUAGCUGCCCACCAGGUGUUUGUUGAAUUGCCUGAAUGAGUUUUCUUUUCUCUGCCUGAAGUGGUACACAGUCAUAGUAUAAGUUAAGGUGUCUCUAUUGAUUUGAAUAGCUUGAAUGGCAUUUUCAUCUUGUCUAAGUUGCGACCCAUGGACUCUUCCUCAAAAUCUAAACUACCCAUCUCUACUUUUCACUCCUACAAAGCUCGCAAACUUCGUUACAUUUGCAUCCACUAAACACUAUGAGCAACUCACCACUUUACCUUCAGAAAAAGAACUUAUUGACAUCCUGCGUCGUGAAAAAGAUGAACAUUCUGUGGUUAACGCCUUCAAAUGGGCUUUAAAGCAACCAAGUUUCACACCCUCUUUGUCUAUCUACGAGGAAAUGCUUAAAAAGCUUGGCCAAGUAGGUUCAAUCGAUUCAAUCAGGGGAGUAUUGGAUGACAUGAAGAAAUCCUCAUGUAAGGUAGCUGAAGAUACUUUCUUUAUACUAAUCGAAAGCUUUGCCAAGUUUAAUUUAUACGAUGAAGCCAUUUGUGUGUUGUUCAUAAUGGAAGAAGAGUUCGGAGUGAAACCAGGUACACACACUUUCAAUUUCUUGUUAAACGUUCUUGUGGAUGGAAACAAAUUGAAGCUAGUGGAAGAUGUUCACUCACUAAUGUCAAGUAAAAGAGUCAAAAAAGAUGUUUCAACUUUCAAUAUCUUGAUAAAAGCUCUCUGUAAAGCCCAUCAAAUGAGACCCGCAAUUCUCAUGAUGGAAGACAUGCCUACCCAUGGAUUGACACCCGAUGAAAAGACAUACACCACACUAAUGCAUGGUUUCAUUGAAGAAGGAAACUUAGAUGGAGCAUUAAGAAUCAAAGAACAAAUGGGAUUAGCACAAUGUGAAUUCACUAAUAUAUCAGUUAACACAUUAAUCCAUGGAUUUUGCAAAAUGGGACGAAUUUCAGAAGCUUUGAAUUUCAUCCAGGAAAUGUCAAAGGAAGGAUUUUAUCCGGAUCGAUUUACAUUCAACACUUUGGUCAACGGUCUAUGUAAAGCAGGACAUGUUGACCAUGCGUUAGAGAUUUUAGAAGUAAUGCUUCUAGAAGGAUCCGAUCCUGAUGUAUACACAUACAACACAGUGAUUUCAGGAUUGUGUAAGAUUGGUAAAGUUGAAAAAGCAAAUGAGAUUUUGAGCCAAAUGGUUGAAAGAGACUGUGCUCCCAAUACAAUCACAUACAACACUAUAAUCAGUGGUUUAUGUAAAGAAAACCAAAUCGAAGCAGCUUCCAAACUUGCCCUUGGUUUGACUAGUCAAGGAAUCUCACCCGAUGUAUGCACUUUCAAUGCUUUAAUUCAAGGUCUUUGUUUAUCAAGCAAAUUCGAAACCGCACUCCAAGUGUUCGAUGAAAUGAAAACAAAAGGGUGUCAACCAGAUGAGUUCACUUACAAUAUGUUAAUCAAUUGGUAUUGUAACAAAGGUAAACUAGACUCAGCUUUGAAGCUACUAAAAGAAAUGGAAGCAACCGGAAUCCCUCGAAAUGUAAUUACCUAUAAUACCCUCAUCGACGGGUUUUGUAAAAACAAAAAGUUUGAAGAAGCCGGGGAGAUUUUCGACCAAAUGGAGCUUCAAGGGAUUUCAAGAAACGUUGUGACAUACAACACGCUUAUCGAUGGGCUUUGUAAAAACAGAAAAGCAGAAGAAGCAGCCAUGCUUAUGGAUCAAAUGAUAAUCGAAGGUCUAAAACCCGAUAAAUUCACUUACAAUUCAAUUCUUUCUCAUUUUUGUAAAAUGGGAGACAUAAAACGUGCUACAGACACUGUUCAAGUUAUGAUCACAAACGGAUGUGAACCCGAUAUUGUAACCUAUGGGACUUUGAUUCAAGGGUUAUGUAAAGCAGGAAGGAUUGAUGUUGCUUGUAGGUUGUUAAGAAGCAUUCAGUUGAAAAACAUGGUGGUGACACCUCACGCGUAUAAUCCCGUGAUUCAAACGUUGUUUAAGAAACGGGGUGCUGAGUCAGCGAUGGAGUUUUUUAGGGAAAUGGAGGGAAAGGGUUGUGUGCCUGAUGAGGUGUCGUAUCGGAUUGUGGCGAAAGGGCUUUGUUCGGGUGGUGGGCCCAUUGGUCAAGCGGUUGAUUUUGUAUUUGAGAUGACUGAAAAAGGAUAUGUACCCGAGUUUUCUUCGGUUUAUAUGUUGGCUGAAGGGCUUUGUGCUUUGCAAAUGGAGGAGACUUUGGUUAAGUUGGUGGAUCGGAUUAUGAAUACUGCUAUGUUUAAUGAUAGUGAAGUGAAGAUGAUUAUGGGGUACCUUAAAAUUCGCAAAUUUGAGGAUGCAUUGGCGGCUUUGGAUCGGUUUCUUGCUCUUCGGAAACCUAAGAGAGGUUACUGGUGAGGAGGUCUUGUUGUAUGUUCUAGUUUUUGAUUGGUAGGGUUGUCUAUGUUUCUACCAUUAUAUUAUGUGUUGUAACUUUUUUUUACCCUAGUGUUGUGUUGUUUUGUGGUUUGGAGUAUGAUGUUUCAAAGUAAUAUACUUCUUGAAAUGCUAACAA